GAUAAUCUUCGGAGCGUCGAUCGAGUAAUCCCGUUAUAUCCGAUCACGGAGCGUGGCGCGUAUUAUAAAAGCUGUGAGUGCUGUGAUCUUAAAAACAGUGUUGGUGACGAUGAAGAACGGUCGGCAUUCAGGAAAAGAGCGUACGAAAUGGGCGACAUUGACGAUAGUAGCAAUUGUCAUUGUCGUCGUGGACGCAGCUACACUUGGACAUCAAACAAAAAUUGUGUCGCCUGAUGCCAGUCAGAUUACUCAACAAGCAAAUGACAAGGAAUCGAAAGAUCCUGUCACAGAACAAAUCACUUACGAAGGCGAUCAAGUAUGGAGAAUUUGGAAGACGAAAAACAAUAGCGAAGAAUUAGUGCAACGUUACGACGAAGACGGUUCAUACUCAAUAUGGUCGAACAAUGCGUCGAUCGCUGAUAUUUUUGUUCGGAAUUACAUGUUGGAGCAUGUGGAUUCAAUAUUUAAGAGGAGUGGAAUGACAUAUCAAGUUCUAAUUGAGGAUGUACAACAAGCGAUCGAUGAGGAGAAUCCUCCUCUUUCACAGGAUGAGCAAGAGGAGCUUGAAGGGCGUAAAGGUCAUCGAAUGGAAUGGACUAGUUAUCAUCGAUUGGAGGAUAUAUUGGAAUACUUAGAUUUUCUUGCGGAUACGUACCCUAACAUAUGUUCCGUUAGGACCAUCGGAGAAUCUGUUGAAGGUCGUCCUCUAAAGGUUUUAAGGAUUAGUAAUGGUAAACCAAAUGCACCAGCGCUGUGGAUCGAUGGUGGUAUUCAUGCUAGGGAAUGGAUAUCACCCGCGGCUGUGACCUAUAUCAUCGAUUAUUUGGUUGAAAAUAGUGAAAAUUUGGAAGUUGACUAUUAUAUCCUGCCAGUUGUCAAUCCGGAUGGAUACCACCAUACCUUUGUCUCCGAUCGCCUAUGGAGGAAGAAUAGAAGGAAAGUUGAUUAUAGCGGUUGUUCGGGUGUGGAUUUGAAUCGAAACUUCGGUUACCGUUGGGGCGGAAUGGGAACAAGCAAGGAUGUAUGUCGCGAAACGUUCUCAGGUACCCGAGCGUUCUCUGAGCCAGAAACCGAUGCCAUUCGAAUGUUCUUCGAUAUCAGCUCGGCAAAUUUCAAGGCUUAUCUCACUUUCCAUUCCUAUGGGCAAUUUAUUUUAUAUCCAUGGGGAUAUGACAAACGAGUGCCACCUGAUUAUACAGAACUUGACAUGGUCGGUCGUCAAGCAGCGGCAGCCAUGAAGAAGAUUGGAGGCAGUGUAUAUACUGUUGGCAAUAGUGCUACAACAUUAUAUCCAGCCUCUGGUGGUUCUGAUGACUGGGCGAAGGCUCUUCUCAAGAUCAAGUAUACAUACACAAUUGAACUGAGAGAUACUGGAAGAUAUGGUUUUAUACUUCCAGCCCGUUACAUCAUUCCAACGGCCAAGGAAGCGCUUGCUGCAGUGGAAGUAAUUACGGAAGCGUGCAAGAAAGCAUAAUUUUUAAUCCAGCAAUUAUAUGCGCGCAAAUUAAAUUAAAUGUAAAAAUUAAUGACUAAUGUCUCUUUUUUUUAACUGGUUUAUUAUUGCAUUCUGUAGAAGAAGAGGAGUACUGGAUUACGCGUUGAUUACUGGAUUUCAAACUAGCAUUUAUUUUAUACUUUAACGUUUAAUAUUAUGAAAUAUAUAGUAUAUAGUUAACAUAAAACUGAUAUGUGAUAAUUCUUGUGACUUAUUUAUUGCGUAAAAUAAACAAUGAAAAUAUUCUA